AUGGAAAAUGCCGGGCUAUCUGUGGACUCGGGGCCUCCCGACCAACUGGAUCUAGGGUUUCAGUUAGACCUGAAGGCAAACGCCGAGCAUGAUGAUCUUGACGCGAAGAGAUAUGGUCUCGGCUUGGAUAGGUCAUACGAGGAUCCCGAGCAAGCCCUCCCCGGCGAGGACCCCGAAGAUGCAUACGAGGAAAUGGAGCAACUUUCCGCUGAGGAGGCCUCCGACGAUGUCGAUGCCGAGCCAGAACUCGAUUUGACAGUUUUUGAAGCCCACCAAGCCACGGCAAGUGGCGAGCACAUUGAAAACACAGGACUUGGCGACAGUGAUGCCAGAGACAACGUGGAGUACCAAGACGAAAUUGGGUACGAGGACGACGACCACCUAGCCACCGGCGUCAAUGCCGGUGAGAGCAACACAGAGGCUGGCGAAGCGGACGGCGGGUUGCCAAGCAUCCCGUCUGAGGCGCACUUGGAAGCCGCUUCCCAGACCGACGAUAGCCACCACGAGGCUUCAAUACAGGAGAACGAUGAGUCUUGGAAUCGAGGAGACAUUGACCUCGAGCCACAUAAUGAGAACACGGAAUCACAGGGCUCACUUAGUCACACCAAUGAGGCAGAGCCCUCCGAGCAUGAACAAAGGAGUGGCCUGGAUCCUGUGGAUGAGUUUACGUCUGAACGUCACAACGCUGAUCAUUACGACGGCAACCUCGAAGAAGAGCUUGAAAACCUUGCUCACACAGUCUCCGAAAUUCCUGACAUCGAGGUCAUCUACAACCAAGAGUGCUACUCUUUGUUUGGGACCUCGGAUGACGAUCCUGAUUCCUACUUCCUUUCCGAUGUUAAGGACCUGGAUCGUCCACUGUCACAAUUUCUCUCUGCUCUUCGGGCUGUUAUCCCAGAGGAGAUUGCGCCUUCAGAUGAGCUGCUGAUUCGUUUCGACCCCCUUGACCUCGAGUUCGGGGAGCGGUCAAAUGCGAAAUUCCUGAACCGCACUUUCCGUGAGAUUCUUGAUUGCCAUUCUACGCUAUGCCGAGUACCUGGCGUGUCCGCAGAUCCUGUCAUCAUCCUGACGGUACGGCGGGAUAGCGAGGAGCACUUUCUUGAGAUUCUUGCCGACGCUGAGCGGGUCAAGAAUUGCUCUCCUGAUGCGGAUGAUUCCGAACUGUCGGAGAACGCUGAUGAGAGAAGCCGGACAAGCGCCCUGGAUGUCCAUGAUGAGGCGUCCGAGAGGGCAGACCCGGGUGAUUAUGAAGACGAAGGUGGAGAUGCUGCCGCGAACCAUCUUCAAGAAAGUGGACGGCUUGAAUCUGAAGUAGCCCUCGACCACGAAGACGUGGCGGAAGAGCAUGAGCAUGAGCAUGUUCCUCAGCGUUCAACUAGCGAACGAGAGUUUGUCGCGGAGGAGCACAUGGAGGACCCGCGCAGUGGGGAAAUCCACGAUACAGCAGAGCAUGAUUUGGAAGUGGCUCCGGAUGAGGAAGUUACCGAUGCAGAGGAACACUUUGAGAAUGUUCCCGGCGAGUCACCUGAAGAUAUUGGCGAGAGCGGAUCUUGGAAUGAACAGACCGGGGAAGAUUCAGGUGUUCCACAACACCCUCUCGAGGAAACCGACGAGCAUAAUUAUCACAUGGCUGAGCAACAUGAUGAUGGGUCUGCCGAGGAGUCUGCUGAGGUUACAGGCUCCAGUGCAGUUGUUGAAGCUGCCGUUCCCGAAGACGGUGAACCCGAGCACGAAGCGGACUCAAACGAUAACGACCUUGUACUCGCAUUCGAUGAUGAGCCUGAUGCAUCCACCAUCAACGAAGAUGUGGACGAAGAUGGCGAGUAUGCGAUCACGUAUGAUGCUACAGACACUGCACCCGGCGAAGCCGAGCGCAUUCGGGAGCUAGCUACCGCCGCGACCUCAGGCGAAUCCGCCGGUAAGAAUUUAGGAACUGGAGCCCCUUCCGACACAGCGGUGGAAACGGCGUCCGUCCACACGAGUACGACAAUGGACGGCGAUGAGGAGAUCGACUACAACACUGAGGAAACAGCAGACGACGCAUUUGCGCCAACGAAUGACAGGUCACAACAGUCGGUGGUUCCUGGCGUCAAUCACGACGAGAUUGACUGGGAGAACGACGAGGAUGAGUACGAGGAACGACUAGCAUCUCAGUAUGCUAGUGUCGACCAUGAGGAGUCGAAGGAGAGUGCUUUGGCCUCACCAGGCGGUUCUGGCAAACGAAGCCGGACUGACGAGGAAGAAAGUCUUGCCGACAAGACC